AUGGAACAUUUACAAUAUCAAUUAAAACUUUUACAAGAUAAACUUGGGGGAGAUAUUGAGGUUGAUUUAUCAUUAACUUCAAUACCACUUAUAAAAUAUAGAAUACCUUCAUCACCAAAUCCAUUUAUAUCACAAUCUUGUGAUCUUGAUUGUUUCUCAUUUGAUGCACUUGGAACUACACCUUGUAAAUGGAAUAAUGAAAUUAAUGAACCAUGUAAUCCAAAUUGUGGUGAUUCAUUAGAUUUUAUAAGAGCUAAAAAUUCAUGGGGACGAAAAGAAUCUUCAUUAAUAUUUGGUACUGAAACAACUGCCUCAAAAUAUUAUAUAAUUUCUGGAACGGAUAUUAAAAUGAAUCCAGAGGCAACGGCAAUGCUUGUAUCUAAUCCAAUACAAUGUCAGGAAGGUGAUGGACAAUUUAUAUUUCGAUACUGGACAUCACCUGGUGUUUCAAUACAAAUUUGUACAAGAAGAUUUGGUUCUUUAAUGAAAGAUUUUACAUGGUGUUCAGGAAAUGUAACAAUUGGUGAUCCAGGACCUAUAAAUCUUAUCAUACCAGGAUCUAUUAUGUAUAAUUUUGAAUUAGUUCUCCUUGCUAAAGGUUUUAAUUUUGAUGCAUUUGGAUCAAGAGGUGGAAUAGCUAUUAUUGAUGAUAUUAUGUAUAAAGCUUCUUCUGUACAAAAUUGUGCUAAUAUUCCUCACAUUGAUCCACCACCAAUUCUUCCAAAAACUACAUGUACUCAAUUAAGUUGUGAAUUUGAAGAAGAUGAUCAAUGUAUAGAAAGUUUAAAAUAUUCAGGAUUUUGGAGAUAUUCUGAUGAGGAACCACUAGGAAAUCUUCAUACAGGUAUAAGAAUUCCUUACAAAGGUAGUUUUAUUUAUGCACGUGGACCUGGAACGAAAUUUUAUAAAAUUAACAAUGUAAAUAUAAAUAGACAAGUAGCAUUUGAAUUUUGUCUAUAUGCACCUGGUGAUGGAGCUAAUCUUGAAAUAUGGGGAACAAUUAUUAAUUCAAAUGAAACAUUAUUAUAUUCCUCUAAUAAUAUUGAACAUUCAAAUCACCAAUGGACAUGUCAACGAUUAAUAUUUCAUCCAAAUAACUAUACAUCAAUUGAAUUUAGAGCAAAAAAACUACCAAGUCAAUUUAGUUAUGUUGGAUUAGAUGGUUUUAAAGUAUUAGAUCCAAUGACACAACAAAAUUUAUGUAGUAAUGAUAUUGUUAAUUUAUUAUAA